AUGUUCGCUCGUGUUGUGAAAGAACUGUCACGUGUGUGUCUGUCCCCUUUCCACAGAGGUGUGUGUCUGUCCUCUGCCCACAGAGGUGUGUGUCUGUCCCCUGUCCACAGAGGUGUGUGUCUGUCCCCUGUCCACAGAGGUGUGUGUCUGUCCCCUGUCCACAGAGGUGUGUGUCUGCCCACAGAGGUGUGUGUCUGUCCCCUGUCCACAGAGGUGUGUGUCUGUCCCCUGUCCACAGAGGUGUGUGUCUACCCACAGAGGUGUGUGUCUGUCCUCUGCCCACAGAGGUGUGUGUCUGUCCCCUGUCCACAGACGUGUGUGUCUGUCCUCUGUCCACAGAGGUGUUUGUCUGUCCUCUGUCCACAGAGGUGUGUGUCUGUCCCCGUCCACAGAGGUGUGUGUCUGCCCACAGAGGUGUGUGUCUGUCCUCUGCCCACAGAGGUGUGUGUCUGUCCUCUGCCCACAGAGGUGUGUGUCGCUCCUCUGUCCACAGAGGUGUGUGUCUGUCCUCUGCCCACAGAGGUGUGUGUCUGUCCUCUGCCCACAGAGGUGUGUGUCUGUCCUCUGCCCACAGAGGUGUGUGUCUGUCCUCUGCCCACAGAGGAGUGUGUCUGUCCUCUGCCCACAGAGGAGUGUGUCUGUCCUCUGCCCACAGAGGUGUGUGUCUGUCCACAGAGGAGUGUGUCUGUCCUCUGCCCACAGAGGUGUGUGCCUGUCCUCUGCCCACAGAGGUGUGUGUCUGUCCACAGAGGAGUGUGUCUGUCCUCUGUCCACAGAGGAGUGUGUCUGUCCUCUGUCCACAGAGGAGUGUGUCUGUCCUCUGCCCACAGAGGUGUGUGUCUGUCCUCUGUCCACAGAGGGGUGUGUUUGUCCUCUGCCCACAGAGGUGUGUGUCUGUCCUCUGCCCACAGAGGUGUGUGUCUGUCCCCUGUCCACAGAGGUGUGUGUCUGUCCUCUGCCCACAGAGGUGUGUGUUUGUCCUCUGCCCACAGAGGUGUGUGUCUGUCCUCUGCCCACAGAGGUGUGUGUCUGUCCUCUGUCCACAGAGGUGUGUGUCUGUCCUCUGUCCACAGAGGAGUGUGUCUGUCCUCUGUCCACAGAGGUGUGUGUCUGUCCUCUGUCCACAGAGGUGUGUGUCUGUCCUCUGUCCACAGAGGUGUGUGUCUGUCCUCUGUCCACAGAGGUGUGUGUCUGUCCUCUGUCCACAGAGGAGUGUGUCUGUCCUCUGCCCACAGAGGAGUGUGUCUGUCCUCUGCCCACAGAGGGCCUCGCACCAAAGUACAUCUGUGA